AUGUCUUCGCUAACAGAAAAGGACAGACCAAUUGUUCAGCUGUUACUGAACACUGGCACUUGCCCACGAUGUAUUUUGAGGUUCUGCUGCGUGGGAUCACAGACACUUUAUAGACAUCCAUACAAGGAUUUGAUGAAGGAUUUAAAAGAAUUUCUGAAAAAUAAUCAAGAAAAAGAAGAUACAGUUUGUUUUGACGUAGCUGAUCCACCUUGCAAGAGAAUCAGACUUGAACACGCAGUAGAAGGGCCUGAUGAUCUGAACCACAAUGGAGCCCUCCAGCAGAUUCCUUUGGUUAACAAUGAAAAUACUGCAGUGGAAGACUCAGCUGUGAAGGUUUGCAAUGUCUGUUUGGGAAUUCUUCAGGAGUUCAGCGAGGCUGACUUUGUUAAAAAGAUGUGCCAAAAGGUUAAGUCUGCUGACUACCAGUUCACUAGUUUUGUAUUUUCUGUGUCGCUGCCCCCACAGCUAUCUGUUAGGGAGCGUGCUGCUUGGCUGCUGGUAAAACAGGAAAUGGGAAAUCUGGGCCUUUCCUUGGCAAAGGAUGACAUUGUUCAGCUGAAAGAAGCUUAUAAGUGGAUUAUUCAUCCCCGAUUGUCAGAAGAGUUGGGUGUUCCUGUUGAUGGAAAGAGUUUGUUUGAAGUUAGCGUGGUCUUUGCUCACCCAGAAACAGACAAGGAGUGCCAUUUCCUAGCCACAGCCUGUCCAGACUGUUUCAAACCAGCAAAGAACAAACAGUCUGUUUUCACUAGAAUGGCAGUUAUAAAAGCCCUAGAGAAGAUAACAGAAGAGGAUUUUCUCAAGCAUUUUCCAUGUCCCCCAAGUUCACCAAAGAACCUCUGUGUUGCUCUGGAAAUUCAGUGCAAUAAUGGUGCUGUUUUUGUGGCUGGAAGGUACAACAAAUAUUCAAGGAAUUUACCUCAGACUCCCUGGAUUAUUGAUGGGGAGCGGAAGCUGGAAUCUUCAGUGGAAGAACUGAUUUCAGAGCAUCUAAUGUCAGCAUUCAAAGCAGAUAGCUUUAAUUUUUCUUCCUCUGGAAGAGAAGAUGUGGAUGUAAGAACACUAGGCAAUGGAAGGCCCUUUGCAAUUGAGCUUGUGAAUCCUCGUAGAAUACGUUUUACUGCUGAGGAAAUGAAGGGACUUCAGCAGACAAUUAAUAAUUCUUCAGACAAAAUAAAGGUUCGAGAUUUACAGCUUGUCACCAGAGAGGCAAUUGGUCGUAUGAAGGAAGGUGAAGAGGAAAAGACAAAGACCUAUAGUGCCUUAAUAUGGACGGACAAAGCAAUACAGAAAGAAGAUAUUGCAUUUCUAGAUGAUAUCAAGGAAUUGAAACUUGACCAGAAGACACCUCUCCGGGUUCUUCACAGAAGGCCUCUAGCUGUAAGAUGUCGGAUCAUUCAUACCAUGAAAUCUGAGUACAUAGACGAGCAUCAUUUUCGCCUGCAUCUGAAGACUCAAGCAGGAACCUACAUUAAAGAAUUUGUGCAUGGAGACUUUGGAAGAACAAAGCCCAACAUUGGCUCCCUGCUGAACAGAACUGCCGACAUUCUGGAGCUGGAUGUAGAAUCUGUUGACGUUGACUGGCCUCCAACCCUGGAUAAUUAA